CAUCAACAACGGUAGUAUAACGGUAAAAAGUAAUAUAAUCAUUUGUGAAUAAUUAUAUUUGUGAAAUGAUAUUAAUAAUUUCGUAAAAUAAAAUUUUUAAAGUUGUAUUAAAAACCGAUUUCGUUAUAAAGCGUCUUCAACUAAUUAAAAAAAAAGUUCGUCAAUUGCUGAUACCGGCGCGUUUUAAAUAUAAAUUUUUAAUACAAAUUUCGUCAGAUAUUUGUACUAAACAAAUAGGAAACAGGAAAGUAGAAAGAAAGCUGCCAGCUAAACACAGCAAGCAGCUAGAAACAUGUCUGAAGAACAACAACAGCAGCAGCAGCAACAACAAAGACACCAGCAAAUGCAGCAACACCAGCAGCAUCAACAACAACAACAAAUUAAAUCCCCUAAGGAUACAAAUAAUUCAAAUGCGAAUAACACCAAUGCCACCACCACCACCCAAAAUACUCCAACACCUCCAAGAAAAUCGAAUAUACAUGAAAUGAGAAAUCAAGAUUUUGUAAGCCGUUUAAUGGCAGCCACGCCCCCUUACCUCUAUUCAGCUCCUAUGGGCCCUAAUAAUUUCUUCUUCAGCGAUAUGUUGCGCUCCUUGGUGGCAGCUCGUAAUCAAGAAAAUGUACGCAAUCUUCAACUGCAACAUUCGGCAGCUUUAGCGAGAAGACCUCGUAAGAGAACUUGGUCUCAACAACGCUCAUACUUUAAAGAAAAUGAAACUUUAUUGGAAAAAUCUCAACAACAACAACUACAACCACCAUUGCCACAACUUAAUGCCGCAGAGAAACCUUUGGAAUUGACUACGCACAAGCCGUACUUGCAACAUUUGGCUAACAAAUAUCGUAAACUGGAAACUGAGGCAAAUAAAGAAACCACCGACAUUAAACAACUUAUAGCGAAUACCAAAACCACUGAAAGAGAUGCAGAUAAUGGCAACAAUAACACAAAUCCCUCUUUAGGAGGCGGUACAGUAGACAGCACCUUACAGAACACACCACCAGCCGCCUCACUGCCACCACAAGAUUUAGUAUUACCACCACCACCUCCUGUUUGGUAUCCACCUUUGUAUCCUCCCUAUGGUAUAGAUCCUUUACACUUCUUUAUUGAUCUCAGAGUUUCGGGUCAUAUAUACGAUCGUAAAAAAGAAAAUAUAUCACCCUUAGCUAGUGCGGAGAAUACCACCACUGCCAAUGAAACCACGAAUUCUCCACCAGCUUCGCAUACCAUUACAUUACCAAACAAACAUCGCCAUGGUUCAGCUUUUACAGUACCCACUCCUCGAUGUAAUGACUUGAAAACGAUCUCAUCCCUACAACAUACUCCCUCCGCCACUCCUACCGCAGAUGCGAUAAAUCUCAGCUCUAGUGCUAGUGCAGUAACUGCUUCGGCCGUUAACAAAUUCGAAAACUAUGCCAAAUAUUAUGAUUUCGGUGAAAGUAAAGAGAAUCAACCCAAUAUAGCCAAAUGUAAUGCCAACUAUAUGUUACAACAUUUACCUCGUCUAUAUAGUCAAUUUGCGGCCAGAGAUUUAAUAGCUCAAGCGCAAAACGAAAGUCUUAAUCAUCAUCUGAACAAUGAUGUUCUCGAAACUGAUAAUAAAUCGGAUAAUGAUUGUGAAGCCGAAUCGGAUGAACGUCAUUCGGUGGCGAAUUCUGAUGAUAAUGAUCUCGAUGAGAGUUCAAAUCGUGAACGUGAUAUAGAUGUGGAAAUUAUCGAUUCGAUUAAAUAUCGUACGGAUGGUAAUAGUAGUCGUUGCACGAGCCCCGAUGAUUCCUCCAUAACGCAAAUUGAUUAGUUGAAUGGGGGAGGGAGGAAUUUUAUAAUAAUUCUAAUAAAUUACGAAUUUAAAAAGUACAU